GUUCUUUACAUUGUAGCCAGCACCAACAUAAACUGUCUGACUCUAAAACUAUUUGGAAGUCAGUCAGGAAGUCAGUCAGGAAGUCAGUGUAUCCCAAAAGUUCCUGAACAAAAAGGUAGAGGAUUUGGAUAUAUACGAAAACAUGUCGAAAGAGGAGCCAAUUGACGAUGUCAGAGGAGAGGAGUUGGAAGACAUUAUCGACCCGAAUGAUAAUCUCAUGGAUCUAGGAGAUAGUUGUGAUUUGUUCCACUGUAAGCGCUGUCGAACUUCAUUUGACAGUGAGGAGAAAAUUGAUCUUCACGAAGGAAAAUGUGCAAGGUCAAAACCUCAUGUUUGCGUUAAAUGUGGCGCUGGAUUUUCGAGAAUAACCACGAUGAAUAACCAUAAAAAAAUCCACUCGAAUGGCUACCAACCCCCUUUGUUUUCAUGCACGAUUUGCGCAAAAACAUUCCGAUCUCAAAGAACGCUGAAAGCACACAUACCAACGCAUGAAUUCGAACGUGUCCGGGAUUUCGCUUGUUCAGAAUGCGACAAAACAUACAUGAAUGCCAAAGGACUUGACCAGCACGUUGCUCUGACCCACAAAGAGAAGACUCACCAGUGUCAAAUAUGCAACAAAAUGUUCGCAAAUCACCAUAAACUCAAGCGCCAUCUAUCGUUCCACUUGGAUAUUAGGAAGUUCCCAUGUCUCGACUGUGAUUUUAAAUUCAAGACAUCCCAAGCUUUGAAACGCCACAGUUGGGUGCAUAAUAAGGAAGACCCGGUGACGUGCGAAUUGUGUGGGAAACGUGUUGCUGACAACGGACGGCUCAAUGAACAUAUUAACAGAAAACACAACGAUCAACCGAAAAAGGUAUUCCCAUGUGACUUAUGCGAAGUCAAGCUUUCUAGCAAAACUUCACUUUUGGAGCACAAAAGGCGCCAUCUAGGAUUGAAACCUUUCCAAUGCCCCGAUUGUGAUAAAAAGUUCAGCGACGCUCGUUCCCUAAGAAGCCACAGUGCAACACAUAGCGACAAACGUGAAUUUAAAUGUGGACAUUGUAGCAAAGAUUUCAAAUGGCUUUCCAAUCUAAAAGAGCAUAUUGACGAUAUGCACACUGUCCAUGAGUUGAAAUUCAGCUGUCCGUCUUGUGAGAUGAAAUUCAAAUCAGCACGUCAUUUGAAACGUCAUCAACGUAUACACGAAAAACGCGAACGUAAGUUCAUAUGCCAGUUGUGCAAGAAGGGAUUUACAUCCCAGAACAUUCUGAAUGGUCACAUGAAAAUGCAUAACGACGUACGACCAUUUUCGUGUGAAAUGUGCUCCAAAACGUUCCGAACAAAAGCCUGUUUAAUUGAUCACAUGAUUACGCAUACCGGGGAACGAGCGUUCGCUUGUACGCAGUGUGACAAGCGAUUCGGAUAUUCUUCGGCACUGGUGAAACACAUGAGACUACAUACAGGAGAAAGACCAUAUGUUUGCUUUAUAUGCCAGGAAGGAUUCUUAGAACCGAAACCCCUACAUGUCCAUAUGGAAAAGGUUCAUGGCGCUACAGACAACAAACCAAAGAAACUCUUCAAGUGCACCCUUUGCUACAAGAAACUCUGCAACAAGGCGAGCCUCGAGACUCAUAUGCGCACACAUACAGACAACUCGGAGUUUAAAUGUACCAUUUGUUCCAAGAUUUUGGCUUGCAGAAGUAGUAUGAAGGUACACAUGCGCAAUAAGCAUAAGGCCAAAGUCCCAGAGCAUAAAUGUACGGUGUGUCACAAGAAAUAUGUCAACAACAAAGAUUUAGAACGACAUAUGGACGCUAUGCACAAUUAUCAUAAAAACCGUAACACCGAAAAAAGUCCUGAAAAACAUCACAUGGACGAUAUGAACGACCUAAAAGGAAGAAUAAAACGCCACGUGGAGGACAUGAACGGCCACAUGGGAGAUAUAGAAGACCAAAGAGAUACAUGUAGUGACGAUGAACAUGAGCGAGACUCACAAGACAUCGAUAGUGAUGUCGCCACGAAACAGAACAAUAAUGUGGAUUUACCAAACAAACAUGGACUUAAAAAUGGCAGUGUUUCCGCACCAAGAAUAGAGGACGACUUGUUUGACGAAAACAACCCCGAUAUGUCAAUAAGCACACUUAUGGCUGAAAAAAACGUCAUCAAAAAUUUAAAAAGAAAAUGUUUCGUCAAGUUGAACCGGAUUGUUGUUCCAUUUGAUCAACUGUCGGGGAUCAAGUCUGGUGACAGUAAAUUGAAAGAAAUUGCGAACGGUAAUCCAAGAGAUCAAAUGCUAAAUGGUCAUGCACGCCAUGACACUGAUAUCGAUGUUAUGAAUUUUGCAAUCAAAACAGAACCUAAGAAUACAAUCGAUGUAUUCGAAAAUAAAGUUUCUAACCCGAAAGAUUCAGGCGAUUUUGUUAGAGACAAUUCUGAUGAACAACGAAUGAUUAUCACUGACAUAUUCACAGACGCACAAUGUAAAGGAACAGCCGAACCCCGGGACACAGUGAACACUACUGAGACGAUGAAAGCGAUAACAGCUGAUAAACCCCAGGAUGCAAGUGAAACUAGCAAUGUAGAAGAAGAUAUAGCCAUAGAACAACAAACAUCGGAGGACAAUCACAAGCCCACUGAGAAUGGGCCUCCGCGUUGUGAAUGCAUUAUUGGACAAUUAAGCGAUCCAGUGAUUCACAGUGAACAAAUGAAAUCACCUGAUAAUAAAACUUUGAUAAUUCCACAGACAUUUAUUAUAAAAGAAGAAGUAUAAACUUUCUCAGCUUUUUAAUCAAGGUAUACCAAGUUGAACACAUCGCAAUGGUACAUAUAUUCCGAUGUCAUGUAUAGACUUAAAAACCGCUAAAACGACUUCAUUACAUGACGUUUUAUAGACAGAAUGGAUUAAAUAUAGGCAAUUGGUUAAACAAGAGAGUAAGUUAAAUGUUUUUAUAUAAAAAAUUGCAAUUGUAUGCGUCGAUGUAAAAUUGAUAUUCAUAAAGGUGACGUUUUAUAGGCAGAAUAGAUUCAAUACAGGCAAAAGUUUAAACAAGAGAAUAAGUUGAAUGUUUUUAUAUAAAAAAUUGCAAUUAUAUGCGUCGAUGUAAAAUUGAUAUUCAUAAGAUGACGUUUUAUAGGCAGAAUAUAUUAAAUAUUGGCAAAAGUUUAAACAAGAGAAUACGUAAAAUGUUUUUAAAUGAAAAAAAUUUGCAAUUGUAUGCGUCGAUGUUGAAUUGAUAUUCACAAGAUGACGUUUUAUAGACAUAG